CGGGGGAGGUGCGGAGGAGGAGCGGCCGCCACAGGACGUCUGACUCGGCCCAGCCACCGGAUCGGGGCUUCUCGCCUUCAACGGCUGGCCUGUUGCUCCGAGCCCGCGGCGGCGGGGGCGCCGGCGGCGGCGGGCGGCAUGCGCGUGUGAGAUGCGGCCGCGGGCAGCCCGGACGCGAGCAGCUGCCGCCGCGGUAGCAGAGAAGUGGGGCGCGGCCUCCUCAGCGCGGGGCGCGCAGUGCAUGAGGGCGAGCACGCGGGCGCUGGGCAGCCGCCGGCCACGCCGCUUUCAUAAACACUUGUUUAGGACUCGUUCGCCCCGCUGAGGCCCCGGCGCCCCGCCAUGGAGGCCCCGUCCGACCCCGGGCCCCACGCCUCGGCCUCAGCUUCGGCCGCGGCGCCGCUGCGCGCCCCAGAGGUGGCGCGGCUCCGCGAGGAGCAGGAAAAGGUGGUCACUAACUGCCAAGAGAAAAUCCAGCAUUGGAAGAAAGUAGAUAAUGACUAUAAUGCCCUUGAAGAAAGACUCAGUACCUUGCCUGAUAAGUUGUCUUAUAAUAUCAUGGUACCAUUUGGCCCCUUUGCCUUCAUGCCAGGAAAACUUGUCCAUACUAAUGAAGUCACUGUUUUACUUGGGGACAAUUGGUUUGCAAAAUGUUCAGCAAAGCAGGCUGUGGGCUUAGUUGAGCACCGGAAAGAACAUGUAAGAAAAACAAUAGAUGAUUUAAAAAAAGUGAUGAAAAAUUUUGAAUCCAGAGUUGAAUUCACCGAAGAUUUGCAGAAAAUGAGUGAUGCUGCAGGUGAUAUUGUUGACAUAAGAGAAGAAAUUAAAACUGACUUUGAAUUUAAAGCAAAACACCGAAUUGCUCAUAAACCUCACUCCAAACCAAAAACUUCAGAUAUUUUUGAAGUAGAAUUCUCAAAUGAUCUAAAAUCCAAGGACCUGCUUGCUGAUAAGGAACUGUGGGAUCGACUUGAAGAACUAGAGAGACAAGAAGAAUUGCUGGGUGAAAUUGAUAUUGAUAGUAAGCCUGAUACUGUGAUUGCAAAUGGAGAAGAUACGUCCUCUGAAGAGGAAAAGGAAGAUCAGAACAUAAAUGUGAAUAUGAUGAAUCAAGUAACGGACUCUCUCACUCCCAGCAAUUGUUAUCAGAAUGUUACAAAUUCAGAACUGUUCAAUGGUCAAGUGAAUAGUCAUUGGAACUGUUCAAUGAAUGGUUCAAAUUCUUAUCACAAUAAUGAAGAUGAAGAAGAUGAUGAUGAUGAUGAUGGUGGUGAUAAUGAAAAUGACCAUGAUACCUUAGGGGCUGAAGAUAAUUCUAUACCAACAAUAUAUUUUUCUCAUACUGUCGAACCUAAGAGGGUACGAAUAAAUACUGGAAAAAAUACCACUUUAAAAUUCAGUGAAAAGAAAGAAGAAGCCAAACGUAAGCGAAAGAACAGCUCUGGCAGUGGUCAUUCUCCCCAAGAUCUGCCUAUGAUCAGGACUCCUGCUGACAUUUACAGAGUCUUUGUUGAUAUCGUGAAUGGAGAAUAUGUCCCUCGUAAGUCCAUCCUGAAAUCUCGCAGUAGAGAGAACAGUGUUUGCAGUGAUACCAGUGAAAGCAGUGCUGCUGACUUCGAUGAUAGACGGGGAGUCUUGAGGAGCAUUAGCUGUGAAGAGGCCACUUGUAGUGAUGCUAAUGAGAGCAUUUUGGACGAGGAACAACAAGAAAAUCAUCAAAAGAAACUUUUGCCUUUAUCAGUAACACCUGAGGCUUUUUCUGGAACUGUAAGAAAAGAAUUUUUGUCACCUUCCUUAACACCACACCCAGCCAUGGCUCAUCCUGUGCUACCCACCAUUCCAGCGAAAGAAGUUCUGUCAGAAGUAUCAGAAGGAACUGCAAAGAGGGUUUCAAAGUUCAAAGCUGCCAGAUUGCAGCAGAAAAACUAGGGCCUGCCUAGGAAAUGGGAGUUUACAUCCUAAAACCUAGUUUUGCAGUGUUUAGAAAUAUAUAGCAAAAUAUGUUACAUGUAAUUGGAAAUAAGGCAUCCUGAGUUAAUUUAACAGCAAGUUCUCUUACUGUUAUCAAUGGUGUUAAAAAGAAAUCAAAGUAAUAUUUAAAUACUUUAAUAUCAGCUUGUUUCGUUAAUUCUCUGAAUACUGUCAACACUCUUGUUUAAGUUUGCCUUAUGAAGUAGUGGCAGCAUUUGAAUUAUUUUCAAAGAAUACUGUUCAUAUGCAUUGUUUUUGUGUUUUGAACUAAAUACUGGCAGUUUUGUACCAGCUGUGAUAUUGUGCAUACCAUAUGGACCAUUUUAAAGAAACUUUUAAAAUUUCAAAUAGUUUCAAACAAUUAUAUUACUUGCUAAGCAUUUAAAGGCACUUUAAAAAAUCUACUUCUUGUAGGUUUUGCAGCUAGGUGGCUAUUGAAAAAAUCUCUCCCCCUUUGCCUGUCAUUCUGUAAUCUCUAAGACAGAAAGCUGCAUGUACCCAAGGGAAAGUUUCUUUGAUUGGAAGAAUGGUAUUUUGUAAAUUUUUUUUUUAAGUAAAAAUUUUAUGAAACUUGGUCUCUAAAAUGUUGUGAACUUUAUGAUUCAGAAUCAAAUAUAGAAAUGUAUUUGAUUCAUAUGUAUGUUCCAUGCACCACACAAUGGAUCCUUGAAUUCUUACAGUUCCAUAGGCAGUUCUUCCCUAGUGUGUGCAGUUUUAACUGGCAUUAUAUUUUGGGAGAGAAGGAAAGGUUGUCUAGAUAAUAAAAAUAAAUAAAUAGAUAAAUAAAUAAAUAAAAAUUUAAAAUAAGAAAUUGUACGUUUUAAUCUCCCAAACAUUUUCGUUCUUUAAGGUUACUUUCCUAGCAGUAACUGAUUGAAAAACAUAUUUACUUUUGGUAGAACUCCUUAAAAUAAAGAGAAAUUUAUUCUAACGUUGAAAAUUACACUGCAAGUGUUAAUCAUUAGCUUGAUGCAUGCUAAAAUGUAGCUUUUAAAAAGCAUUCUGCAUUAGUACUAAAAUAAGCCAUCAAGGCCAGUCCACCCUCUGUUCAUGGCUAAAUAUUUAAAGGUUAUUUAUAGCUUCUUUAAUGAAUUCUUGCUUAAACAAAGUGAAAUUAUGUCCUAGAAAGGUAGAAGCUAUUUGUAACUAGAACAGCACAACUAUAAAAGUUUUAUGAAUAUGUAUUUUAAUAAUAAGGGGGUGAGCCUGAAUCCCCACAAGUUAAUGGAUAAUUCAGAUCAGAACAGAGGACUGAUUUUAAAAGACUGCCUAAAAAUGUAGAAGAUUUGUUCUUUAGUAAAUUUUGAUCAACUGUGCAUGUAUUUUUAGUUAAAAACUUUUUCUCUCAGCCAAUUCCCCACAAAAAAGAAAACAACCAAGAGUACAAUCACAUACACACAAAGGAGCCCCAACUCAACUGCUUGUCAAGUGAGCCUUUCUGUGUUAGAUUUUCCCCCAGAAACAAACUUCACUGUGGGAUUAUUCUGGUGUUCUUUGCAGACAUAUGAUUUCAAGAGUACUGUCAUUAAAUAAUUUCUCAUGUUCUUCAACUUCA